AUGUCUCCUGUGCAUGAUAAGUAUGGGAAGAAAGAUCUCGCCUGCUCGUUGGACCGCUGUGAGAUGCUGCGCCUCGCCCUCAAUAGCUCUAGUUGGAUCCGAAUGAGUGAGUGGGAGAGCCGACAAGACCACUGGACGCGCACCAGACUCGUACUGCAGCAUCAUCAGAACCAGUUGAACGCGGCAUUGUCUUGUAACGAGUCUCCCAACAAACGUCAUAGAUCAGAGGAACACCAGUGGGUGGCGAAAGUGUUGGAACACUGCAACAAGGACGAGAAAGUCGUCGUCAAACUGCUCUGUGGAGGUGAUGUCAUCCAGUCCUUCAACACACCUGGCCUUUGGCUUGACGAAGAUAUAGAGUGUAUAGUUGCUGACCAUGGACUAGUGGUUAUAACGAGAGAAGAUGUGAAUCCAGCAAAAAUUAUUUACGAAACAGAUCUUCUCUACAAAUACCAGAAAAAUAUAGCAAUAGUGCCUGAGUGGAUCACCAAUGAGAUAAGUUCUACCAAAAUUCGAAGAGCGUUGAGGCGAGGAGAGAGUGUGAAAUACUUGGUGGCAGAUUCAGUUAUCGAAUAUAUUCACAAAAAUGGGCUGUACAUGACAAAUGAUAAUAAGUACGAGCUAUUUCCACAGAAUCAACAUGGAAGCAUCUUUUUGACACCUUCACCAAGCGAUCUGCCAAUGACUCCAGUGACGAUUAUCGACGUGCCAGACAAUUCCGGUAAUUACAUCAAUGAUCGCAACCAAGAGAAUGUGAAGCGCUCACAGGCCCGGCCCGGAGGUGCAGUCAAAGUCACGGAUGAGGGGGGGAGGGGGGUCAAGGCCCUGAGACCUGUUUGCCUGUGAAGCAUCUUGCCUUCUUCUGUCCCCGAACCAAAAUGCCUGCCCUAGUCUAAACCCAUGCAUGCUGGUAACGUACCACGCUACUAGCUAGUGUACCCGAUUUGCUUUGCUUCAGGGCCAUUUUAUUUUCAUUAUUUCCUUCCUGUGACAGUAACAGUUGGAAGAUUUUGUUACCAUGUAUCACUUUGUUGUUGGUACCAUUUCAUUGCAUUUAUACUUUUCCUGUUUUCAACCCUUCUCUUAUCAGUAAUUUUUAUUUUUUCUCAAGCCCUAUAUAAGUUUAAAAUAUUUUUGUAUUGUAACUUUUAACAUAACUUAUUUAUUAUUGAAAUCACUUUUCACAUAGUGACAUAGCAUACCACUAACACUUUCCCCAAUAUAUUUCACUUUUAAUUAUUGUAAGAUUGCUGAAUGUUUUAUUAAAUAUAUAUUUCAUUGUAUUAUUUGGUUAGUUUUUUUACAUAUCGGUGAUAAGGAUACUUUUUAUGCAUCUUUAUUACUGUAUUUUUAUUUUAUAUACCAUAUAGUAGUUAACUAUGCAUUUGCCAUAGCCAAAUCUCUGUGUAGAUUUUGGAUUUUGCCUCAACAUCAAAUCUGUACAUUCUACCAGCUUCUUCUUAUUGGAAUAUAAUACUAAAUUUAUAAACAAACACUCGUAUAAUUAUUGAAUUUUUUGUGAGUUCUUUCGUGUUCUGAUCCAUAUAACUGAAGUAAAAGUUUUAUUUUAGUUAUGUGGGUCUGAUUGUGUGUUCCUUGAACACAAAAGGACUCACAAAAAUAAAAAUUUAAUAAUUGUUGGAGUGUUUGUUUAUAAAUUAAGUAUCAAAUCUGUAUUUAACAUUCAUUAAUUUAUAACUAACCGACUAUAAAUAAUUAAAACUUCACAACUUUAAUUUUAUUCUUAGGCUAACAAUAGUGAUGUAAAGUAUAUGUACUCUUUUAUUUCAUCAUUUACUUGCCUGUUAGUUUGCAGAAUAACCCUAACCAAAUUUGUUUUUAUAGUUGUAUAAUUAUAAGAGACAGACUAAAUAGUUUUGCAAACUAGAUGAUAAUGUUAUUAGUGAUAUCAAUAUAGUAUUGUUUAAAUGAAAUUUUUCUAUAUUUUUGUUUGCAUCUCUGUAUUCUGAUAAUUCUUUAUACAUUGUCAAUGCGUGUUUUUAUUAUUUCAUUUUAACAAUGUUACAACAUUACACUAGUUUUCAGUAACAAAUUUAUACUUGUUGUUUAUUUGGUGGUCUGUGAAUUUGAUCUCUAUCCUUACUGUAGUGUUCAUUCAGUAGUACUUAAACUUCAUAUAAAAGUAUGUAAUAAAAAUUCACAAUUAUGAGCUUCUGCAGAAUAUGAAGUAGUGUUACAUACACACACUAAUUUUAGUUUACAUUCAAUUAGUGCUGUUUGAUUAAAUCCAGUAACUUUUGCUUACACAUGAGUUUUACAUGUUGUGUCAUUAAGAAAAAAUGGUAAUGGCCCAGCAGAGUUUAAUGUUAAAAACUGACAGAAUUACAUAAUACGUGAUGUAAACAGCAUAUGGUACAGUAGUAUAAUCUACCAAGUUCUGUUAUUUGCAUAUUAAUUAAUAACAGUGGAUACAAUCCAAUAAUAUUUGCACUAAAGCCUUACAAUAGGAAGUUUUCAUGUAGUAGAUUUUCCUUAUCACUGGCUAUUGUCUCUUACGCAUUUAUAUUAAACCUGUGUAUGAAAAUAAAAGUGGAAGAUAACGAGAUAGUCGGGAGGUAUUAAGAAAGUAUUGACUAAAUGCCUUACAACCAUUAUUUUCUAACUCAUAGUGUGUAAUUAAGUUACAGUAUUACAUUUUAUAAUUUCUGAAUAGAAGAGUUAGAAAAUCCUAAGUGAUUGUCAUUUAAAUGUUUUUUAAUAUCUUUUAAAGAUUUGAUGAAUACACUUCCCUUUGAAAAUGCAUCGUUAAUUUUGAACUAAGAACUAAGAUUUAAAAUGUUAUACAUUAAACAUUGUUAAUAAGUUGCAAACAUGGCUGUUAAAAUAUAGUAUGUAUGUUGCUUGUUAAAAUUACAAAAAAUUGAUAAGAUCACUAUAUUUAAAAAUGCUUAUUGUUAAUAUGUUGCUGGGUAAAAAUAAACAAUCACUAAAUUUUUUUUAUAUAUGUAAAAAUUAAAGGGAUCUAUUGAACACAUUUUUCUUGUAUAGAUUAUUUUUAUCAAUAUACAAUGAACAUUUAGGGACUGUGAUAUAAAAAGCUGUGUGUGUUAUGAGUAAUUAUGAGUUAAAUUUUAUUGUCAGUUCAUAGAUUAAUAAAUGCACCAAAAACCGUUUAUAAAGUUAUUGUUUUUUGUGAUAUUGCUAUUACUAAAUUGUGUAUAAUGUUAAAAUAUAAAUUAUUUAACAAA